CACCCUUUGCCAACAUGAAGGCGGAUAGGGGAGCCCCUGCCAUUGAAAUACAAGAAUAAAACUUGUAAAUUCAAGAGGUAGCGAAUCCCCAUAGCCUACGAAAAUAGAUGCGACACCGAAUUAAUAUUUUGGCCCUGCAGAAUGUCCAAGAUAAGGCGGAGGGUAACAGUGGAGAAUUCUAAAACCAUAUCUGACAGUAGCAGUAGCCAGACCACCACCACUCCGUCUCGCCGGCCCAGCGUGUUUGAAAGACUCGGCCCCAGCACUGGUAGUAAUGCUGUCGAGACUAAUUGUAGAAAUUGGUUGAAGACUGGGAAUUGCAGUUACGGCAACACUUGUCGCUACACACAUGGAACUCAGCCACGAGGCAAAGGAUUUAGUGGAUCUUUUAGCAGGUCAGCGGAGAGACCAACUGGCGAUCUGCGAGAGAGGAUGAAGAAUAAGAGGCAGGAUGUUGAAUCAGAUGCUACAAAGAGAGACCCAGAAGAGCCUACGUCCCCCACAGCCAGACAGCGAGACUCGUCCCGAGGCCACAGGGAGAAGGAAGAUAUAAAGAUCACUAAAGAGAGAACCCCUACCAGCGAAGAAGAGACCACUGAGUGGGAAGCCAACCGCGAAGACUCCGAUAACGGCGACUACGACUACGAAUUAUCCCUAGAGAUGAAGAGACAGAAGAUCCAGCGGGAGCUCAUGAAAUUGGAGCAAGAGAAUAUGGAGAAAAGAGAGGAGAUUGUUAUCAAGAAGGAGGUACCGGAACCAACCACCAAAACUAGGACCACAAUCAUAUCCAAGACAUCCCCGGAGCGUUCCAGCUCUAAAGGUUCCCCCUCCUCCAGGAAGUCCAGUGGAUCUCCCAAACACGCUAAAGGACCCAAAUCUUCCGGUUCUAGGAAGAAGGAGAAGAAGACCUCUGUGUCGUCCUCUGUGUCCGACCCGGCCACGGCCAGAUCUUCCAAGGGGAGCCACGGGAAGAAGAAAGGUCCCCGCACCCCCAGCCCCCCUCCUCCGGUGCCUCCUCUGGUGAACCCUGUGGUGGCAGCCGGGGGGAAGAAGCACAAGGGAAAGCACAAGAGCAAGGAGAAGUGUGAGGAGAAGCCGCCCAAGGAGGGAAAGGAGAGGGGGAGAGAUGUGGAGAAACACAAGGAGAAGAAGGAGAAACGCAGAGACCGAUCAGACAGCUCCCACAAGGCCAAGCGGUCAGUGAUGUCUGAGGAACGUUCCGGCAGCGUGUCCUCUCCUUCCAGAGACCGAGAGGUGUCCCCAUCAGCCAGGAAGAUCAAGUCCGCCUCCCCAAAAGCAGCCUCCCAGAAGACCCUUGCGCCUGGCUCCCCACCUCACAGGUCUCCCCCUCCCCGCCACAAGCGCACCCCCACCCCGCCCCGCCACCACUCCCCCUCCUCCCACUCUGGCUCUUCAGCCCAGAGACACUCUCCUUCCCCCCGCCGGCGCCGCUCGGCAUCCCCCGCCUACAACCGCGAGCCCCCAGCCGCCGCCUCACCUCCUGGCCAGAGGUGUGCCUCCCGCUCCCCUGCAGCCUCCCGGGACACCUCCUCUCCUCAGAGGAGGACUAGCCCUGGAGGACGAAACCACUCUCGGGGGCGUGAGAGAGGACGCAGCGAGAGGGGGAGGAGCCCACCUGCCCAGGAGCGCCGACACGAGCGCAGAGACGAGAGCCGCGGGAAGCGAGAGAAAGACUGUAGCCGUGACGACCGGGACUACGAGGCGGCAGAGACCAGCUCUUCUCGUGAUGGCGCCCGUGAGGACCGGGAGACGAAAGAGGGGCGAGAGCGCCGGAGUGACGGGCGCAGCGACCGACGAGGAGACUCCACCGGUACCUCCAGGGACGCCACCAGGGAUAGAGACCGAGACACCAGGGACACCAAGGACUCUACCCGGGAACCCAGAACCACAGAGACCACGUCAGCACGCUCCGGACGAGACUCUCUGGAAUACAGGGACCGGGAGAGGGAGAGAGGAGAGAGGGAGAAGACAGACAGGGACAGGAAGGAGGAGGCUGUCCCGGAGGAGGGGAGGAGCUAUGGGAGGGGCCACGGGCGAGAGGAAGGGGGGAGGACUGACGGGAGGGGGGAGACGAGGACAGAGAGUAGAGCUGAGAGACCUGGCAGGGGGAGGGGCCGCGAGGCUGAUGGAUCUGACAAAGGCUCCACCCGGAACUCUCGAGGCUCCCAGUUGGAGAGUGGUGGCCAGGACAGUUGGGAGUCACGAAGCGGCGGAGGCUUCCGUGAGAAGAGUGCAGAGAGGAGCACCGACCGUGGCGCGGAGAGAGGAGGAGGCGCGGAGAGAGGAGGAGCGGAGCGUGACCGUUAUGACGGAGACAGGAGAGGAGGGGAGCAGGCCACUGGGAGAGACUCAUCCUACGACCGUAGAGGUGGUCACACCGACCGUGGUGACCGCAGAGAGAACCGGGAGAGAGACCAAAGAGCGUCCUCUCCUGGUCGGCACCCAGCCAGAGGAGAAGAGCCAGAGAGGGAGGAGACCAGAGGGAGGGAUGAACGCAGAGGAGAGGAAAAAGGAGGGGGGGACAGACGAGAGGACAGGGGCCGAGAGAGGGAGCGAGAAAGGGAACGGGAAAGAGAGAGGGAGAGAGAAAGAGAGAAGGAAAAGGAGAGAGAGAGGGAAAAGGAGAAGGAGGCAGAGCGGGAGAGGGUCCGGGAGAGGGAGCGAGAACGGGAGAGAGAACGGGAAAAGGAGAGAGAGAGGGAAAAGGAGAAAGAGAGGGAAAAGGAGAGAGAGAGGGAACGGGAGAGGGAGGAGAGGGAGCGGGAAAGGGAGGAGCGAGAGAGGGAGAGGAAGGAGAGAGAGCGGGAGAGGGAACGAGAGCGGGAGAGGGAGCGUGAGCAGAGAGAGAGGGAGAGACAGCGGGAAUGGGAGGAGCGAGAGAAAGGAAGGGAGGAGCGACGUGAACGGACUAGGGAUGAACCAAGGGACGACCGCUCUGUCCGAGACUCGCACGAAGACCGCAAGACCAGCCGGAAGAGGCACAGGGUAGAGACCACACCCAGCCCGACUCGCCCCUCCCCCAAGCGAGCAAGGGACGUCACCCCAGGAGACAGCGACGGAUACAACAGCGCUGAGGAGAAAAGUGUUGAGAAACACCGGCUGUUGAGUCAGGUGGUACUCCCGCCCCAGGACUCCCUCCUGCGUUCCCCCCCCAGCGCCCCUGUAGCGGAGGACCCCAAGCCCAGCCGCUGGAAGGACGAGGAGCGCCGUGGAGGCGGGGACAAGAGGGAGGGGAGGAGCCGGCGGAAGGAGGAGGCUGACGCCCGCGGAGACAGAGGAGGAGCAGGGAGAGGAGAGGAGAGACGUGGGGAGCAGCCCUCAGAUAGCAGUACCCCUGUCUCGGCCUCCGGCUCGGACUCUAGGAGAGGUAAAGAGAGGGACGCUCGGGACCCCACCCCUCCCCCGCCGCCCGUGGCCCUGGUCACUGAGGACAGAGACCGAGAUGCUCCAGUCCCAUCAGGUCAUGAGGGCAAGAAGAAGACCAAGUCCCAGAAGAAAGGCCUGAAGAAGGGGAGGAAGGAGGAGGAGGUGGCAGGAGGUGUUUCAGGAGCUCCAGAGAGGUUCACCAACCCAGAGCCCCCCUCGGACGGCCCCCCGCCCCCUCUCCUCUCCCCCCGCAAGGCGCCUAAGAAGAAGGCACUGGACAAGAAGAGGAAACGCUCCCGUGGCGCAGAGUCGGAUGCGUCGGAGGAGGAACCAGGCUCCUCCCAUCUUCCCCCCGGCAAGAGGAACAAGAGGGGUCCCCGAACGCCCCCGCCCGCGCCCAAGGAGGCUCUGCUAUCCCAGAGGGCCGUGCCACAUCCUGGCACAGAGCCCUUGCCACAGCCCGUGAAAAUGGACGCCAACUUCAGCGACUGGUCUGACGAGGAUGUGCUGGAGCGCGGCAGUGAAUCAGCGGCCGCGAAGGCACCCCCCACAAUCCCCACUGAGAGGACUCCGACCGAAGCUCUUCCCAGGAGAGGAGGUCCGAGGGGGGGCAAGGAGAGGGAGAGGCCUGUUCCCCCGCCCAUCGCCCCUCUGCUGUCCCAGGACCCUCCCAUGCUACUCCAGACCCUGCCCCCCCAGCCCCUCAUGUCCCAGCCCCUGCUGAGGAAGCCUCCUCCGGAGCAGAAGAGGAGCAGCAGUAUGGGAAGCAACCAGAGCAGGGCCUCAUCCAGACGUCUCCGCUCUCCCUCCAACGAGUCAGCCCACAGAGAGGACCAUCAGCAGGGCCAAGGACCAGGCCGACCCAGGAGAGGACGCCAGCUCCAGGGGGGCAACUCCCGAGACCGGGAACGAGAAAGGGAGAGAGACAGGGAAAGAGAGAGGGAGCGUGGUGAGAGAGAGAGGGGACCAGUGGCCACAGAGCCACCGGCGGCGAGGGGAGAGGAGCGGAAGUCCCGCAUCGACCAGCUGAGGAGAGGAGAGCCCAGUCGCAGCACCUCCUCAGACCGGCAGGACUCUCGCAGCCACAGCUCCAGACGCAGCUCCCCAGAGUCCGAGCGGCAGGUGCAGUCCCGGGCCGGGUCCUACGACGGCCGAGAGCGCGAGAGGGAGAGGGAGAGGGAGCGGGAACAGUUUGAGAGGGAGCGUGAGCGCAAGGACCUCCGACAGCAACAACAACAGGGGCCUCCGGGGCCACUACCUCCUCUCCAGCAGCAGGGGCAGCAGAGAGACUGGGAGCCUGAGGGGCCACGGGAGUGGGGUGGGAGGGGCCGUGAACCCCUCAUGCGUGGAGGCAACAGAGAGCCAAUGAGAGAGCGUGAUCUCCGUGACAUGCGGGGUGAGCGAGAGCGGCUUCUGCCCGAGGGUCUCCUGCAGCAGCACGAACGAGAGCGGGACAGGGAGCGCGGCGGCAACAGGGGCGGUGGCCGCGGUGGCGACCAUGGCAACGACCGGGAGCGGGAGAGGAUGCUGCUGAUGGACCUGCCGCCACAUGGGGACCCCAAGAACAGGAUGGACAUGAGGGGAGACAAUAUGAGACCAGACAUGAGGGGAGACAAUAUGAGACCAGACAUGAGGGGAGACAGACCAGAUUUAAGAGGAGACAUGCGAGGGGAUAUGAGACCUGAUAUGAGGGGAGACAUUCGAGGAGAUAUGAGAACCGAUAUGAGGGGAGACAUUCGAGGGGAUAUGAGACCUGAUAUGAGGGGAGACAUUCGAGGGGAUAUGAGACCUGAUAUGAGGGGAGACAUUCGAGUGGAUAUGAGACCUGAUAUGAGGGGAGACAUUCGAGGAGAUAUGAGACCUGAUAUGAGGGGAGACAUUCGAGGGGAUAUGAGAACCGAUAUGAGGGGAGACAUUCGAGGGGAUAUGAGACCUGAUAUGAGGGGAGACAUUCGAGGAGAUAUGAGACCUGAUAUGAGGGGAGACAUUCGAGGAGAUAUGAGAACCGAUAUGAGGGGAGACAUUCGAGGGGAUAUGAGACCUGAUAUGAGGGGAGACAUUCGAGGGGAUAUGAGAGGGGGACCAGAUAUAAGACCGGACAUGAGGCCAGAUCACAUGAGACCAGAUAUGAUCAGGGGGCCGGACAGGGCUGAGUUCUCUCUCCUGCUCCCCCACGAAGCCUUGGGACACGGCGGCAUGGACCAGGACAAACCAGGCAACAGCCAUCACCCUGUGGGAGGAGAGAUACAGGAAGCAGAGAAACAGGACAGCAUUGACGACGACGAUGACGCGAAGGCGGACGACGCUGUGUCGGUGGUGUCUGGCGGGGAGGAGUACGAGCCAAUCAGUGAUGACGAGCUGGAUGAGAUCUUGGCGGACAGUGCCCAGAAGAGAGAGGAUGGGCAGGAUGAUGAGAAGCCACCAGGUCCCCUGGACGUGAUUGAUGUGGACUGGUCCAGCCUGAUGCCCAAGCAGAAGCAGGAGCCCCGGGCAGCAGGGGCAGCUCUGCUCCGGUUCACCCCAGGGGCGGUGCUCCUCAGGGCGGGCGUCUCCAAGCGGCUGGCUGGGCCCGAGCUCCUGGAGAGGGUCAGGGAGGUCUGCAAGAAGGAGCUGGAUGAUCCUAAAGAUGCUGACAAGCUGUUUGAGCAUGACCUGGGUGCUCUGAACAAGGCAGCUGUGAACAGGAAGGUAGAGAGGGCAGGUCUGCUGAGGAACCUGGGCCCCUGCUGUAAGGCCCUCUGCGCCCGCAGGGACAUGGCCAUCAGACGGCAGCUUCUCAAGAAUGAAAAGGGCCUGACCAAGCAGAUGUACCCCAGUGUUCCUGUGGUGGACAGUGAGCUCUUCCAACUCAGCAUGCGUCUCUUCAAGAAGACUGUAGCCGCCGCCAGCAGCAACCAGCCCCUGUUGGGGCCCCCAGCAGGCCCAGAGAAGGCCAACAAGGGGCCACCGGGGCUGGUACCGGCAGCUUCACCAGUAGCCAAGCCCGGUACACCACAGCCCUCCGAGGUGUGUCUCUCCUGAGAGCGAGCGGGGCUUAUGGGUAAAAACAAACGCUGCAUGAUGAAACUGACCUGUGAUCAGAAAUUGAACAGCUCUGACAACUAAGCCUGCUCUGAGUCCUUGCCCCCUAACUCUAAACCCCGCCCCUCUAAUGCUAAACCCCGCCCCCUGCUAUAGCCUUUUUAAUCACAAGGGAAAAUCUAACAAAACGCUGAAACUUUCAGUCAGCAGUGCUGUCAUUUUGGAAGACUGAUCUGAUCUGGAAGUCCUGUUCUGCUUCUACCAUAGAGACUAUUGGAGAUACUAGCCUAUGGAGGGAUUGAUAGAGGCUUUGUACAAUGUACUGUACAUUGAACUAUAAAUGGUGCAGGAAAGACAUGCAUUUCAUUUCCCCCGAAUGACACAAUUGUCAAUUGUUUUUGUGCGAUUGGAUGUUUUAGUUGUCGGGUGAUAAGUCUCCCUUUUUAUAAUGAAGUUGCUGUAUUUAGUUUAUUUUGUUGUGCAUUGGUUACUAAGACUGUGCAUUAAAAUGGUUAGUUGUU